AUGAUUAAAACAGUUUCAAGUUUGCCUAGAGUUUGUGAUGUUUUAAAUGAAAAUGUUGUUGAUAAAAAACAGCAAAAAAUAAUUAAUUAUAUGGGGCAGACAUUUAGUAGUCCUUCCUCUGAUUUUUGUAGAAUGUCAACAACAACACCGGGAGAUUUAGAAAGCAAUUUUGACGAAACAAUAUCAAUAACAUCAGUUUCUACAGAACAAAUUUGUUAUGAUAGUGUAUUAAAUGAUAGAGAAGAAAGUGAAAUUUUUGAUGAAGAUGAAGAAGGGAUUGUUGAAGCUGAAGAAGCUAAUGAAGAAGAAGAAGAAGAUUUUUGUGAAAAUAAACAACAAUUAAAACAACAAAAUAAUAAAAAUAAUUUACAAAUAUUAAGACUAAAAGAAAAAUUUUUUGGAAGGGAAAUUAAUUGUUUUGAUGUAAUUAUUGAAGAUUUUAAUUUUUAUUUAAAUUUGAAUGAUGGAAAUACUAAAGCUUUUGGAUUUGCUAAAAGUUUAAAUGUUGAUGAACGUUUACAUGUUGUUUGUGGAAAAAUUUAUAAUGAAAGAAAAGAAAGCAGUUCUUCCAAUACAAUUGAUGAGACACUUUCACCAACUAAAAUAAAUGAUGAUGAAUCUGAAGAAAUUUUUGAAUUAAUAAAUCCAAUGGAUUUAGCUCAACUUAAAAUUGAAUUAAAUUCUGCUGGGAAAGAGAGUAAUUUGAAGUUAAAUAUAAAUGGAAUAAAUAUACAUCUUGAAAAAGAAAUUGUUUCUCAAUUGGGACCAUUUUUUGAAAAUCAAGAAGUUUUGAAUGACUCGUCUAAAGCUGCAAUUGAAUUGAUUUUACAAAAUUGUAAUAUUGAAAUAAAGGAACCUAUAAAACGUUGUCCUAUUAAAAUUCGUCUUGGAGAAGUAUUUAUUGAGAAAGGUACUAAUUCAACUAUUGGUGAAUAAAAAAACUGCGGGUAAUAAAAAAAAAGUAUAUUUUGUUUUAAUUUACAUAUUUUAUAUAUGACAAACAUGUUAUUGUUUAUAUAAGGGG